AUGAAGUCGUCAACAAUUCUGUCCGGCGCCUUGGUGGCCGCCGCUCAAGUCUACACGGCCCUUGGUGCAACUGCCGUUAGAGCUCACGAGAUGAGCCACGUCAUCCGAGCCAACCUCCAGCUGCCAUCACAACCGCCAGUGCCGAACGCCUACCGAUCGCAGGGCUGUUGGAGCUCCAAGGGAAACAUGACGCAUGAAACUGCAGUCAAGAGCACGACCGUUUCGUCCGGUUCGUGCAACGAUUAUUGCAAAUCCAAGGAAAUGCCUGUUUCCGGACUGCAAGGCGAUGAAUGCUUUUGCGGAAUGGUCUAUCCUCCCCAGGGCGACCAGGUCGAAGACUCCAAAUGCGCCUUUCCUUGCCCUGCGUAUCCCAAGGAGGCCUGUGGUCAGAUCGGUCAGCCAGGCUAUUUCUCCGUCUUCAACACCGGUGUCAACAUCAACCCUGACUACUACGAACCCCCCAAGUCAACAACCUCGUCGUCUUCUACUUCCACGACGACUUCAGAGGCUGAGAAGUCGUCAGCCGCCGCUGGUCCUUCGGGUAUUGCCAGCACGUCCGCGACGCCAACCCCUACCGACGGGGGGGAUUCCAAGAAGAAGACCAACGUCGCCGGCAUUGCCGCAGGAACUGUCGUGGGCGUCGUCGUCCUCGGCGGUCUCCUUGGAGCUGCCUUCUUCACCUUGAGACGGAGACGGAACGCCGAAAUUGAGGAAGAGCAUCGCCGGAAUGCUGCCGUCAAUGCCUUCAUCAACGGCUCCAAGCCGCCUUCUACUAGCGGUAGCAUUUCGAUGACCGACUCUCGCCUCGACCCCAUCAUGGCCCACCGUAGGCUCAGUGAUGGUAGCAUUGCGGACAAUGAGGAUUACUCUCGCCGCAUCCUGAGGGUCACCAACGCAUGA